UGCUUUUUCCACCACGACACCUGCUGCCAUAUUGUUGUGACUGGUUGUCAGCGGCGGUAAGUUCCCAGUCCAGCAAACCCCGACCCACCUGGACCCGUACCCGGGACCAGGUACCGUUGGCCGUUAGUUGAGCUCAGGAGGUAACGGUGCUAACGGUUCUGCGGAAGUUCGGUUGGGGUCAGAACCGCUACAGGGCGAUACAGACCGGGCGGGCAGAUCCGGAUCAGCUGCAGUUCAGAUCCUGACGGUUCUGAGGGACGAGGUCCACGGCUUUUACCUGCCUCCCAGCGUUGCCAUGGCGACCUUCCCCGAGUACAUCGCUCAGAAUGAGGAGCGUGACGGCAUCCGUUUCAGCUGGAACGCGUGGCCGUCCAGCCGCCUGGAAGCCACCCGGAUGGUGGUCCCGGUGGCAGCUCUGUUCACUCCCCUGAAGGAAAGGACUGACCUGCCUCCCAUCCAGUACGAACCGGUCCUGUGCAGCCGGGCCACCUGCCGUGCAGUCCUCAACCCUCUCUGCCAGGUGGACUACCGGGCUAAGCUGUGGGCCUGUAACUUCUGCUACCAGAGAAACCAGUUUCCUCCUUCCUACGCUGGCAUCUCUGAGGUGAACCAGCCUGCGGAGCUGCUGCCCCACUUCUCCACCAUCGAGUAUGUGGUCCAGAGAGGCCCUCAGAUGCCACUGGUCUUCUUGUAUUUGGUGGACACUUGUAUGGAGGAUGAGGACCUGCAGGCUUUGAAGGAAUCCCUACAGAUGUCCCUGUCCCUGCUACCCCCCACCGCUUUGGUCGGACUCAUCACCUUUGGACGGAUGGUUCAGGUCCACGAGCUGGGCUGUGAGGGCAUAUCCAAGAGCUACGUCUUUAGGGGAACCAAGGACCUCAAUGCCAAACAGUUGCAGGAGAUGCUUGGUCUGACCAAACCUUCAGCUGCUCAGAGUAGAGGACCUCAGACGCCCCAGCAACCUCUGUCCAACAGGUUCCUCCAACCAGUCCAGAAGAUUGACAUGAACCUGACGGACCUCCUAGGGGAGCUCCAGAGAGACCCUUGGCCUGUCACACAGGGAAAGAGACCGCUGCGCUCGCUUGGCGUGGCCAUGUCCAUCGCUGUGGGCCUCCUGGAGUGUACCUUCCCCAACACUGGAUCCCGGAUCAUGACUUUCAUUGGGGGGCCAGCGACGCAGGGAGCUGGCAUGGUGGUGGGGGAUGAACUCAAGACCCCCAUCAGGUCCUGGCAUGACAUCGAGAAGGACAAUGCCAAGUUCAUGAAGAAAGCUUCUAAACACUUCGAGUCGCUGGCCAACAGAGCGUCCACCAAUGGCCACAUCAUCGACAUGUACGCCUGCGCUCUGGACCAGACGGGCUUGCUGGAAAUGAAGUGCUGCCCCAACUACACCGGAGGAUACAUGGUGAUGGCCGACUCCUUCAACACGUCCCUGUUCAAACAAACCUUCCAGAGAGUUUUCACCAAAGACGUACAAGGAUCCUUCAAAAUGGCCUUUGGUGCCACACUAGAAGUUAAGACAUCUAGAGAGAUCAAAGUUUCUGGAGCCAUCGGCCCCUGCGUGACUCUGAACGCCAAAGGACCCUGCGUCUCUGAGAACGAGAUUGGGACUGGAGGAACGUGUCAGUGGAAGAUCUGUGGUCUGGAUCCCAGCACUACUCUGGCCCUCUACUUUGAGGUGGUCAACCAGCACAACGCUCCGAUCCCUCAAGGCGGCCGUGGAGCAGUCCAGUUUGUCACCCAGUACCAACACUCGUCAGGACAGAGACGGAUCCGAGUCACCACUACCGCCAGGAAUUGGGCUGAUGCUCAGACUCAGAUCCAGAACAUUGCUGCGUCCUUUGACCAGGAAGCAGCAGCGGUCCUCAUGGCAAGGUUGGCGGUCUACCGGGCAGAGACUGAAGAGGGACCUGAUGUCCUCCGGUGGCUGGACAGACAGCUAAUCAGAUUGUGUCAGAAGUUUGGAGAUUACCACAAAGAUGACCCAAACUCCUUCAGGUUCUCCGAGACGUUCUCCCUUUACCCUCAGUUUAUGUUCCACCUGCGACGCUCGCCGUUCCUGCAGGUGUUCAACAACAGUCCUGACGAGAGCUCCUACUACCGACACCAGUUCAACCGGCAGGACCUGACGCAGGCGCUCAUAAUGAUUCAGCCAGUGCUGUACGCGUACAGCUUCAACGGCCCACCAGAGCCAGUGCUGUUGGACAGCAGCAGCAUCCUGCCUGAUCGCAUACUACUCAUGGACACCUUCUUCCAGAUCCUUAUAUACCACGGAGAGACUGUAGCUCAAUGGAGGAAGGCCGGCUACCAGGAUAUGCCGGAGUAUGAGAACUUCAAACACCUCCUCCAGGCACCGGUUGAUGAUGCCCAGGAGCUGCUGCACAACCGCUUCCCCAUGCCCAGAUACAUUGACACAGAGCACGGGGGCAGCCAGGCCCGGUUCCUGCUCUCCAAAGUGAACCCGUCUCAGACCCACAACAACAUGUAUGCCUGGGGACAGGAGUCUGGUGCCCCGAUCCUGACGGAUGACGUCAGUCUGCAGGUCUUCAUGGACCAUCUGAAGAAACUGGCUGUCUCCAGCGCUGCCUGAUCUCACCUCCAGACAGACCACGUCCUCUGUUCUCCAGACUGACUCCUAGCCCCACCAUGACUCCAUCUUCUCUAUAUUGCUGCCUCAUUUAUUCAGCCCCACCCCUUGACCACAGCCAUGCCAUUUUAACCCCACCCUCUAUGUUCUGUCCUCCUCCAGCCCGACUCCCUGCCCUGACACUGUCACCUCAGUCCUAAACCUAUUGACUCCGCCCCUCCACCUCCUAAAUAUAUCUCCUCCCACCUUUUGUGUGGUACACACUUACACACUUCUUAUUUGCUGCCUGCGACCCCGAACAAACUACGUUGCUUUGCUGCUGUCAGCAUCUCGAUUUGCUGACCUCACCUGAACUGACGUGUUCUCAGGUGCAGACACCAUAUGACCUGGUAGAGCUCUCUGACUGGUUGAAGUCCUUCAGACUGUUCAGACACCAAUCAGCCAUUUGAUUUGGAUGUGUUGUUUUGGGCCAUUUCCUGUCAGAGAUGAGACCAGACCAGUGUGAAAGUUGCUGAUGAUCAUCUGCUGAUGUUUCACGUUUCUUUAUUUUCUCUUCAGAAUAGUCGAACACUAAAAGUGGAGUUUUUGUUUCAUUCUUUUGUCUCACAUUUGUAAUAAAACUGUGCAGAUCUUCA